CCACGAUUGGCUGCCCGCAUCUGUCUGUCACGGAGUAUCAUCGGGGUGGGCGUGGCUUCGCGGUGGGUUGCGUAGCAGCCAUAGAGGAGCUGUGAGAGACCGGUGGUGGCGUCAGUUUGUGUCAGGGAGAAGCUCAGAGACGGAGUGUCCGGCGGACAGAAUCUCCCUGCCCCGGGGGGGAGGCGGCGUCCGCUCCGUUGGGGUCGGGGCGCGUCACGUGUUUAGUGUCCGUGAUGAGCGAUGGGGUAUGAUGUAACACGUUUCCAGGGUGAUGUGGAUGAAGAUCUCAUCUGCCCCAUCUGCAGUGGGGUCCUGGAGGAGCCGGUGCAAGCUCCGCACUGUGAGCACGCCUUCUGCAAUGCUUGCAUCACUCAGUGGUUCUCCCAGCAGCAGACGUGUCCAGUGGACCGCAGUGUUGUGACUGUUGCCCACCUGCGCCCAGUCCCCCGCAUCAUGCGGAAUAUGCUCUCCAAGCUGCAGAUUACAUGCGACAACGCAAUUUUUGGCUGUACAACAAUUGUGCGACUUGACAACCUCAUGUCUCACCUCAAUGACUGUGAACAUAAUCCAAAGCGGCCAGUGACGUGUGAGCAAGGAUGCGGCCUGGAAAUGCCCAAAGAUGAACUACCAAACCACAAUUGCAUAAAGCAUCUCCGCUCUGUUGUACAGCAACAGCAAACCAGGAUAGGAGAACUGGAGAAGGCAUCCGCAGAGAGCAAGCAUCAGUUGUCUGAGCAGAAACGUGACAUCCAGCUGCUGAAGGCUUAUAUGAGAGCCAUACGUAGUGCCAAUCCAAAUCUGCAGAACCUAGAGGAGACCAUAGAAUACAACGAAAUACUCGAGUGGGUAAAUUCCUUGCAACCAGCACGUGUUACCCGAUGGGGUGGAAUGAUCUCUACACCAGAUGCAGUUCUGCAAGCUGUCAUCAAGCGCUCAUUGGUUGAAAGUGGUUGUCCAGCUUCCAUAGUAAAUGAAUUGAUAGAGAAUGCACAUGAGCGCAAUUGGCCACAGGGCCUGGCCACUCUUGAAACACGACAAAUGAACAGACGUUAUUAUGAGAACUAUGUGGCAAAAAGGAUUCCUGGGAAGCAGGCUGUAGUGGUAAUGGCCUGUGAAAAUCAACACAUGGGCGAGGACAUGGUGCUGGAACCUGGUUUGGUGAUGAUCUUUGCUCAUGGAGUUGAAGAAAUCUAAAUGCACAUUAUUUUAUUAAUUUACACUCCAUUUGCUCCCCUGUGUGCUCUAUACUUCUUGGAAAACAGACUUUUUAUCUUAAGAAAAAUAAAAUCUCCAUACUCCACUCUUGCCACUGGUGCCUACUGGUUGAAUGCUGGGUUGAUGCUUUACCAGUGUUGAUGUGUAAGAAGAAACUCCCUGGCCAAACUGAUGGCAUCACUAUUUUAAAUGGGCUUAUGAGGUCAAGUUAGCAAAGUACGUUUUUGUCCUUGCUUCAUUUUGUUUUCCUUUUGCCACAUUGGCCACAUUUUUUAUGGAUCUGGUGCUAAUAGACCAAGUCUAGAUGCACAAACUGUACACCAGGAGCAUGAGAUGCAGGGGACAAAACAAAGGGCAUUUUGAGGAAGUGCUGAGGCACAGGCUCUAAUAUCACUGGUUUCUACUAAAGAAAAAGCUAUAUUUCAAUUGGAACUUGGACUCGUGUAAGGCAAUUUGGACAUUGGAUCUUGGGAGGGUUUUGUGGUAUUGGGCCAGAGGAAAGUAGAUAUUUUUUUAAUCCCUGUAUCACCUAGGACUAGUAACAAAUGUUCAGUAUGAGCUGUCACAAUGUAUUGGUGAUAUGGUAAUUCAGUCUUUAAAGCCAGCUCCAGCAGUUCACCCAAAGGCCAUAUUAAUGUUUGUGUUGAGGAGUGAAAAGAAGUCCUGAGGCUAACACAAAUCUCAUCUAGACCAAAACAAAUAGAAACAUCAUAUCAAGUGAAUGAAGAUGAUUCUGAUUGUGGCAUGUAAACCGCUCACACAGUAUAUUGGCUUUUGAUUAUUCUCCUUCCUGAAAUCUAUACACACGGACCUUAAUAUAUUGCGAUUCGAGAGCAUAAAUGAAGAAUGCAAUCCAAUUGUGUACUUUUCAUUCCUUUGUAUUGUGUGUGUUCUGCAAAUGUUUAAUGUUUUGUUCUUUCACACUGGGCUUGUAUACAGCACUAUCCUUAAUUACAGUGCCCAGAAGUCAGACACCUUUUUAGUUUUUGACGAGUCAUCUGUCAUCAUUGUGGGUACUUUCUUUAAGAUUUAUUUCAAAUGAGGCACACGCCCCCUGAACCUUAUGUGAAUAAAUGUAGAUUUGUGCAGUUCUCCUAUUCCUUCCCCUGCUGAAAGUAAGAUUAAUGAACAGACAAAACUGACAAAUCAGUCUUCCUUGCUAUCGAGAAUAAGGCAAGUAAUUACAGAGAUAAAAUCACAUUUCUUUGUGAUCCUUGACCCGUCGUCACCUUUGUCUACCUGUGACUGUUUGUUCAUAGACCUUUCAAGCUUUAUGUAAUUGCUUUAUUUUAACUCCCCCCCCCCCCCCCCCCCAAUAUUCAUGUAUGACAUUUGUGCUUCAAUAUUUUUGUAUUUCUGUUUUGCUCUAUUUGUCUGCUUUAUUUGCUUUUGUCUUUUUUUAAUAAUACAUAAACAUAAA